AUUGAAAAAGCUUUCACACAACAUUUUUUUUUACCAAUUAAAAGUUUGAUGUCACAUGUAUUUGAAGAAAGCAUUCACUCAGUUUGAAAAGAACUGAUCUUCGUCGAUUUGAAUUCUUUUCUAAGAAUUAGAGUCAACGAACAACUUCUAACUAACGACGUUUGGGAAUUCGCGAAAAGAAUCUACGAAGCGUCUACGAAAAACGGCGUAGCGUUCCGGGCCCUAAUAUUAGUUGGAAUAAUGUAGCAAUUUGCCAGUAUCAAAUUAACAAUCAUUACCAUAAUUUAAAGCUUAACGCGGGUAAUUUGUCAUACAAAAUGCCUUUAAUAUUAACUGAUUUCCCAAAAGCGGUUCCAAUAAAAUUAAAUGACAAUUUCUGUGUAAAAUCGAAUACGAAGCCAUUUUCAAUGUAAAGCAAAAAACAUGUACAUAUUUACUUUAAAUUCAAUCCGAAAAAAGCCGUAUUAAGUAAUUUUAAUUCAAUUAAAACACGCGACCCUACUUUGGGGCUGCGGAGAUUCAGUAAAAACAGCUUUUGACAGCGCGGCUUCGGAGCUUAUGCGAAAAUUUAUAGAAAAUUGCAUGGUACACGCGUUGCGCCCAUAGGGUGCGCGGGAAACGUUCGGGGGGUGUAUAUUUAGAAAUGCCUCUAGCCGCCAGCCGGCAGUCCACGCUUAGCGCGCGAUCUGAGCGCACGCGUCCCCGUCUUCCCUCUCGCUAUCGCAUCGUACCCGAUUCCGUAAUUAACAUAAAUUGAAAUUAAUUAAUAGAGCAUUAUUGGUGUGUUGUGUGCCUAGAACUGGAUUGGAUCGUGUCCUGUGCUACCCUGUGGACAAUUACCGCCGGUUUUCAGUGACUGUAUAUUUAUUUAAUAAUUGCUGGCAUCUUUAACGUGAAUGGACAUUUAUUGAAAACUCAUUUUAUUACUGGGAUAUAAAGGAUUACCCGUGUUUACACUGAUCUCAUGACCCUAAGGAUAGCAAAGUUAUAACAUCAAGCUGCCCUGCCCGCUAUUAGAUUCCCUGUGGCGUAUACAUGAGAUGUUAUGGGCUUCUGCGUAGCGAAGUGGCGCUGGUGGGUGGUAGUGGUGGCAUGGGCGUGGGGUGCGUCUGCACGCACUCUCUGUCCAGCGCGAUGCGCGUGCGACGACGCACUACGCGCUGCCUCCUGCGCCAACGCCAGUCUCGAGAUCGUCCCAAUUCAGCUCAACCCAGAAGCCACGCACAUCAAUCUUACUCACAACUCCAUCGACAACCUUCUCUACACCUUCGGCUUCUAUACUCAGCUCACUAUCCUCGAUAUCUCCUACAACAAAAUUGUAGAUUUAGGUAGUAAAAAUUUCGAAAAUAACAUGGAAAUGACACAUCUUAACUUAAGCCACAAUUUUCUUAAGCGCUUAGAUAAGGACACUUUUAUUGGACUUAAAAACCUGGUUGACUUAAAUUUAGCAGACAAUGAAAUAACAAAUAUACACGUCCAGACAUUUAAAGAUUUGUCUGCAUUGGAAAGACUUGAUUUGUCAAACAAUAAACUUGUGAAGUUUGAGCCUGAGACAUUCAAACCUCUGUCAUCACUGAAAAUGCUAUCGCUGAAAAAUAACUCAAUAUUGGAUAUACCGUCAAACAAUCUUGCAUUUAUUAUACACUUGGAAGUUUUAGACCUGUCGGAAAACCUAAUAGAGCAAGUAACGAAGCAGGGUAUACCGUAUCUACAAGAGUUGAGACAUUUAGAUUUAAAUAAUAAUUUGAUUGAGAGUGUCGACCAAUUAGGUUUCCACAAUUUACCCUCACUGCGGCAUCUGGAUCUAAGCGAUAACAACAUGACUUCCAUCCCAACGUCGGCCUUGUCUAAACUAUCUAAUUUGUCUCAUCUGUACCUGAGUGGAAACUUUUUCCAAAAUGUGACAGCACUUUCGUUCCAAAGUUUAUUCCAUUUAAAGCAUUUACACUUGAGCAGACUGUAUGAAUUAGAAAGAAUUGACUCAAGAGCUUUCGUUGACAACAUAAAUCUGCAAAAAAUAUGGAUGAAUGAAAACGUCAAAGUUGGAGAUGUUCCUCCUAGACUGUUCCAUGGCAAUCCCAAGCUGACACACAUUUAUAUGAGGAACAAUGCACUUGUGGCUCUAGAAGCGUCACACUUUCCAAUCGACAGAUUACAGGAACUUGAGAUUUCGGGAAAUCCAUUUGUUUGCAAUUGUUCGAUAUUGUGGCUUUGGAAACUCGGAAGAGAAAGUGAAAUAAGCAGUAGAAAGUCCGGGAACUUGAGUUCCAUUCUAAAAAUAGACUACGAGGACGUCAAGUGUGCAGCUCCAGCACAUUUGAAGGGUGUGCUCUUUAUACAGAUUCCCGAAUCGGAAUUUGGGUGCUCGAGUGGAUGGGUGAUAGUUGCGGUUGUGGUGCUGACUGUGAGUAUCGUUAUAAGCGUAGUGGGUGGUGUUUUAUACUUCAUGGGACCUCUAAAGAAGUGCAAAGGGGAUAAGUCAAAACAAGUUAUGACUAGUGUCAUGUUGAACGGUGAUGUGUCAAAAUUAGGAAAUGGAUUAGGUUAUUCAACUCGAGGUAGAGAGCAAGAGAACAAAAGAGACGUAGACCGGUAUCUAAUGAUCGGGUCUUCUGUGAGUAAUAACUUUCACUCGUUAAAUCCUCCUUGGCAUAGUGUGGACAAAAAUCCUUACUACCAGGAAGACAGUGAGGAGCACAUUUACCAGCAGUUCGCCUACGAGACGAUCCCUCAUCACAGAACGCCAGAGAAACCACACAUAGUGUACGUCUAACAUAAGUUGUGUGCAAAGGACAAUAUCAAGGGUAUAUUUUCUUUGCUACGUUAUACGAACGAUGUUGGGUACUGUCGACAAAACGACGAGAAACAUUGAAUUUGCAAUAAUGUAUAUAGUGAUAUGAAUAAAAUGUAAUAUGUGAUAGCUUUGUAUAUAGACGUGUAAAUAUAUUAAUCAGUGCUGAUAAAGACAUUAUUAUAGAAAUUCUCCAUUUUGUACUUACUCAUUUAGUCAUGUUAAUACCUAUAUUGAUUGUCACAUCACCUGUAGUAGUGUCGACUUUCAGUUGUUUUAUUUACUAGUUCCUCAAUUAUAUGGGUACGCGAAUAUUGUUAAGUGCUUUGUAAAAUUCUCUAAGAUGUUCAAUAUUAAAAUGAAUAUUAUAUUCAUGUGUAAUAAUAAUAUAGUAUACAUUAUAUAUUUUUCAGAAUUGAAACACCAAUACUUGAUGAAAACUUUGUACAAAUAUGAGCAAUAUAGAAUAAUUUGAAAUGUUAUGUCGUUAAUUUAAUUCGGUACAUUGUUAUAGUAUACUUAUUAGUUGUAUUUAGAAUGAAACUUUUUGACAGUAAAUGCUAAGAACAUUGAUUACCUAUCUACAUAAAUAAAUAGAUUAUACAAUAAACCAGUUGCUCUGAUGGUAAGGGGUACAAAAUACAGUUUUAUUGGCUUAACAGAAUGAUUUCGAUGGAAAUUAAUUAAUUAUUCUGUUAAUAGAUAUUCUGAAAUUAAUAUUUUUGUACUUAGUGAAUACGUGAAUGUGGGUUCUGGAAGUUUUUUGUUCACGACUUUGUUAAGAAAACUGAAUGGCUUGGGUUUGACGCGGCUAUUUCGCAUACAAAUUAGAAAGUGUUGCGCAAACGUGUAAGAAGAGUUUAAUUAUUUAAAAGAAUGUAAUUGGAGUUCUUUUUCCAAUUAAAACUUGUUCCUUUUUUCAAUUUGAAUUUGUGUUUUUCUUUUAAUUAAUAAGGUUGUUAUU